GUGAGUGGACAGCGGCUCAGCUGCGCUCGGCUCGACGUCAGUUUCAGUGUAGCAGUGCAGUAGAGAGCAUUGCAUGAGCAGCCUGCUCGCAUUUCCACAGCGAUUGCCUCUUGGUCCACGAUACCACCUCAGAUCACUCAUUCCUCUAUUGCUCCACUCUUUCAGACAUGGGUUUCUCCAGGAUUUGCCGUCUGUAACAUGGACGUCCGAGCGGAAGGUUGCUCCUUUGCGCAGUAAGUCGGACACGCAGAGCAUCGCUGAUGGAGUGUCCUCUCCUCUCUCCGUGACCAUGCCGUGAUAACGCCACUGAACAAAAACACCUCGACAGCAGAUAUUAGUGGGAAUCUUAUGGGAAUGACAUGCAGCGCAUCACAGGCAACAUGACGAUUUCCUUUCCUCUGAGAACUCGUGAGAAAAUCAGGCUUGUUCUGCUUUUACUGUGUGUGGGAUAUUCUCACGGGAUGCCACACGUGUUACGAUUUGGAGGUAUAUUUGAAUCCAUCGAGAGUGGCCCAUCCGGUGCUGAAGAACUUGCCUUUAAGUUUGCUUUAAACACAAUCAACCGGAACAGAACUUUACUGCCAAACACGACACUCACGUACGACAUUCAAAGGAUAAACAUCCACGACAGCUUUGAGGCCUCCAGAAAAGCGUGUGACCAGCUUUCUCUGGGAGUGGCGGCCAUCUUUGGCCCCUCCCACAGUUCUUCAGCCAAUGCGGUUCAGUCCAUCUGUAAUGCUCUGGGGGUGCCGCACAUCCAGACCAAGUGGAAACACCAAGUCUCAGACAACCGUGACUCUUUCUACGUCAGUCUCUACCCGGACUUCUCCUCUCUCAGCAGAGCCAUUUUAGACCUGGUUCACUUCUUCAAGUGGAAAACGGUCACUGUGGUUUACGAUGACAGCACAGGUCUGAUUCGAUUACAAGAGCUCAUCAAGGCUCCAUCUCGGUACAACAUCCGAUUAAAAAUCCGGCAGCUACCAACAGAGACAAAAGAUGCCAAGCCGCUUCUUAAGGAGAUGAAACGGGGAAAAGAAUUCCACGUGAUUUUUGACUGUGGUCAUGAGAUGGCUGCUGGCAUCCUUAAACAAGCUCUCGCCAUGGGAAUGAUGACAGAGUAUUACCACUACAUUUUCACCACCCUGGAUCUCUUUGCAUUGGAUGUGGAGCCCUAUCGCUACAGUGGGGUCAACAUGACGGGAUUCCGUAUCUUAAACACAGAGAACAGCCAAGUGUCCUCCAUCAUUGAAAAAUGGUCCAUGGAGCGUCUGCAAGCACCUCCUAAACCUGACUCUGGUUUGCUGGAUGGUUUCAUGACAACAGAUGCAGCCUUGAUGUAUGAUGCAGUGCAUGUGGUGGCCGUGGCUGUCCAGCAGUCUCCUCAAAUCACCGUCAGUUCACUCCAGUGCAACCGCCACAAGCCCUGGCGCUUUGGCAACCGCUUCAUGACUCUCAUCAAAGAGGCCCACUGGGACGGCUUGACCGGACGGAUAAAUUUCAACAGAACCAAUGGCUUGAGGACAGAUUUCGAUCUGGAUGUGAUCAGCCUGAAGGAAGAAGGCUUGGAAAAGAUUGGCACAUGGGAUCAUGUGAGUGGUUUGAACAUGACGGAAAACCAGAAGGGGAAAACAGCGAAUGUAACAGACUCUCUCUCCAACAGAUCUCUGGUGGUGUCCACUAUACUGGAAGAGCCCUAUGUGAUGUUCAAGAAGUCUGAUAAGCCACUGUAUGGCAACGAUCGUUUUGAGGGCUACUGUAUCGACCUGCUGCGAGAGCUCGCCGCUAUCCUGGGCUUCACUUAUGAGGUGCGACUGGUGGAUGAUGGCAAGUAUGGAGCCCAGGAAGAGAUCACGGGCCAGUGGAACGGGAUGGUCCGAGAACUAAUGGACCACAAAGCUGAUCUUGCAGUGGCACCCCUGGCCAUCACGUACGUGCGAGAGAAGGUCAUCGACUUUUCCAAGCCCUUCAUGACGCUGGGGAUAAGUAUACUGUACCGCAAGCCCAAUGGCACCAACCCGGGGGUGUUCUCCUUUCUCAACCCCCUCUCCCCCGACAUCUGGAUGUAUAUUCUGCUCGCUUACUUGGGUGUCAGUUGUGUGCUGUUUGUCAUAGCCAGGUUUAGUCCCUACGAAUGGUAUAAUCCCCACCCGUGCAACCCAGACUCGGACGUGGUGGAAAACAAUUUCACCCUGCUAAAUAGUUUCUGGUUCGGAGUUGGAGCUCUCAUGCAGCAAGGAUCUGAGCUCAUGCCCAAAGCUCUUUCCACCAGGAUAGUAGGAGGCAUCUGGUGGUUUUUUACCUUAAUCAUCAUCUCCUCCUAUACGGCCAACCUAGCUGCCUUCCUCACCGUGGAGAGAAUGGAAUCUCCAAUUGACUCAGCAGAUGACCUGGCCAAACAGACCAAGAUCGAGUAUGGUGUGGUGGAAGAUGGUUCCACGAUGACAUUCUUUAAGAAAACGAAGAUCUCCACAUAUGAUAAAAUGUGGGAGUUUAUGAGCAGUCGCAGACAUUCCGUCAUGGUGAAGAGCAUCGAGGAGGGGAUUCAGAGGGUCCUGACAUCAGAUUAUGCUUUCCUCAUGGAGUCCACCACCAUCGAAUUUGUCACUCAACGAAACUGCAAUCUUACACAGAUUGGGGGACUUAUUGACUCCAAGUCUUACGGAGUUGGCACACCAAUGGGCUCUCCGUACCGAGAUAAGAUCACCAUCGCAAUCCUGCAGUUACAGGAAGAGGGGAAGCUUCACAUGAUGAAGGAGAAGUGGUGGAGAGGCAAUGGCUGUCCAGAGGAGGAGAACAAAGAGGCCAGCGCUCUGGGUGUCCAGAACAUUGGUGGCAUCUUCAUCGUGCUGGCAGCUGGACUCGUCCUCUCUGUUUUUGUGGCAGUCGGAGAGUUUCUCUAUAAGUCCAAACAAACCGCACAGCUGGAAAAGAGGUCCUUCUGCAGUGCCAUGGUGGAUGAGCUACGGGUUUCUCUCAAGUGCCAGCAACGACUCAAACACAAGCCGCAACCACCCGUCAUAGUCAAAACAGAUGAAGUUAUCAACAUGCAUACCUUCAAUGACCGCAGAUUACCAGGCAAAGAGACCAUGGCCUAAAACGGACACCAGCUUGCUCUUUCUGGAGCUUGGAGGAGAAAAAAUAACGGGGGAGAAAUUCGGUUGGGGAAGAAGUCAUUUUCUAUACGGGGAGGGGAAGCAUUUCAUUUCAAACAAUUAGUUACGGAAAACAACAACAGAAACUGAAACAUAUUUCCUGUGGAAAUAACUUGAAUUUGGACAAAAUUUUAGUUACCUCAUCGCACCAGAUCACCACCAGAGCCGAGACUGAUGGGUGUCAGCGUUCAGGGUAACUUUUCGCAGGAAAUACACACAGCUAAUGCAGUGGGAUCCAAAUAUACAGUGUUUGCCAGAAGGUGGUUUGUUUGCUUAUUAUGUUCAUAUUCUAUUUGGUUUGAUGACAUACUUGGCUGUUGUCUGCCCGCAGAGCAGACAAGUCCAUUAGAAAGAACACAGAGACUUGCAGGGUCAAGAGAAAGAACAAUGUUUAAUACAAACAGUACUUGUGCAACUUUUGGGAGCAAAACUACAUACACAGACAGUGCAGAACCUCUCUGAUACAAUCAGUCUGCAACAAUCUUUACUGAGGCGGUACAGCAAUAUCACUGAAACCAUUAACCGUGUUUCUCACCUAGACUCACAGGACAACAGGCAAUAUAUGACUUUAAUUUGCUUGCAUUUUAAAGUACUAACACCUUGUUAGGCCAGAAAAUGUCUAUUCUUUUGUUUAUUCUUCAAGUAACAUGUAGUGAAGGAGUUCUACUGCAAAAUAACUUGUCUGGUACACAGUUUACCCCAAAAUCUAAAGAGAAAAAAUGAGGCCCAUUUUAAUAUGCUUAAUUUUCUAAUUUCAGUACAUUUAUAACAAUAAAUUAUAAAAAUAUGUAUCAUAACAAUUAACCAAGGAUUAUUUAAAUGAGAUAUCUUUAAUAGGUCACAGUAAAUGAGAUGACAGUGACAAGUAAUAUCAAUCAAACUGCAGUCGGGUGGUUUUGAUUAAGUAAUAAUAACAAAAAAAUUCACCUACUAACACAAUAAAAACAUAUUUUUUACAAAAUGAAAAAAAUAGGUUUCAAUAAAUUAGGUUAAAUAUGUUACAUAAAUACAGAUUUGGGAUAGAUUUGUUUAUUUGUUUCUCAUGAAAAUGAUCCAGUGAAUCUGAAGUCCUUAAAUUAUAGGGCUUCAGUUUUUUUUAACAACAUAUAAAUCUUUUUUUUUCAUUAGAUUUUUGAGGUAAAAUGUGAACCUUACAUUUUCUUGACAUAUUUUGUAAGAAUACUCUCCAAAACCUGGAUAAAUCAACAUUACUCUUGCAAAAGUAUUGCAAUAUAUUAUCAAAGCAUUCACAUUUGUUUCAAUGAUGGCCACAGUGACUGCAGAUACACACAGUUAUUCAUUAAAAUUUUAUGGCAGUUUUUUUUAUAUCAAAUAGAUUCAUUUGAAUGUGACAUUACAUGUUUGUACUUUUGUGAAUUUGAUUUCUGAAACAGAGUCCUCAUAUAAACUUGUGCAAAUGUAAGAUUUCUAUAAAAAUAAGGUGUUUUGUACAAUUAAAGAAUAUCAACAUUUUGUAAUAAUUUUUAUCAACACAAAUCAAUCAUUGACAUCUCUCUCUCGAUACGAGGGUGGCCACCCUGUGAAAUCCCCCCUGGGACCGAUGCAUUUCCACACGCCCCAUGUGACUGAAGACAUCCAGGCUCAUAUCACAGGGUCGAUGAUCGAUACCUGACGUGGACAGAGCACACUGACGUCCACAUAGGAGGGGCAAGUGCUGAGCAUGCCUGGAUGUGUUGAUGUGACACAUUUUGGACAGAUCCUAUUUUUAUCAUGUUAAAGGAAACUUAUUUAAAGAAAGAUAUUUUUACUUGAGAUAACUAGAAAUGAUAAACUUGAUCCAGAAAUGUGAUGUAUACAUAUAUACAAAGUUGACUACUAAUAUUGCUUCUUAUUUGAUGCCCCAAUUUCUAAUAGACUGCUAGUACUCAGUACUGAGACGUUGUGUGUAAAUGGUUUAAAAUGGAUAAGAUGUAUUUAAUGAUUUUUUUUCAGAAACAAAACUAAUUUCGACCAUAUUGUGAAAACAAAAUAAGUGCACACAGUUUACUGUCUAAAAUUGAUGCACAAGUUUAAAGGAAGUCAUUAAAAAAGUCAGCACACUU